AUGCAAGCUUUUGUCAAUAUCAAUCUACUAAUUGGCAGAAGAGGUCUACCGAGUCUGCGUGGCAUAUCAUUCCCGACGCUACCCUUACGUCAAAGAGGGGCAUAUACUUUAGGAAUACGAUAUCUUUCGCAGUCAAGAAGGUUACAUGAAACACCAUCUGGUGCCAACCAAGAGAAAGGGAUUAGAGUCAAUGAGACUAAGCAAGUCACAAAAGCUACAUUGCUAGCUCAGGCCAAUUCUCGUUUGAGUAAACUUUGGAUAAAUAUCAAAUGGCCUUUGGUUAGAGACAACAAGACUUCAAAAUUGGACAUAUCCUCAGCAUUUAUCUCGGGAAUGAUUAUGGGCAACUUAUUGUGGAUCAUUUUAGGAACUACAACAUUUGGGUUAAUGGUUAUGUAUUCCCUCCAUUACUUGGAUAAUAUUGUUGGGAGUGACAAAGAAAAAACACCACGCCAUAGCAUAUUUGGUUACAUUUCAGGAAGCAUACUAUCCCAUGGUCUUGGCGUUAAUUUGCAAUUUGAAAAAGGGUCAUUGCCAGAGUUUAAAGAUGGUAAAUUGAAACUAAAGAAUGUAACCAUUACAUCAAAGGACGAUGCCGAGUACAAAGUGAAUGCGAAAGCCGAGUCCAUGAAUGUUACCUUGUCAUUCAACAAGUGGUACGAAGGUAAUGGAUUGGUGUAUGACCUCGAGUUGUACGGCUUGAAUGCAAAAGUAUCCAAAGACACAGAACCAAAACAAGCAUCCAAAAAGUAUUUCAAUGUCGACAAAGAUUACCUUCUCGAACACGUCAAGAUAUAUGAUUCUUUAAUUGAAGUUGUUGACGCAAACGAUGGCGAACCUAUGCGGAUCAACAUCUUUAAUUGCGAUUUACCCAAAGUCAGAGGCGACCAAUUAGUUUUGGAUUUUUUCAAUGCCAACAAUGCAAGCGGUGCAAUUAACAACUCGUUAUUUACCAUCCACAAGAGGCAAAGCUUGGACUUACAAAGCAAUCCUGAUGACAAGUUGAUAAGAUUCAAGUUAGAUGCCAUAGAUUUGGGAAACAUCGCUCGAGCAAACUCGAGACUGAAAUUUAACUGGAUCGUCAAUGGCAAAGCUGAAGUAAUUGCUGACAUCACUCUACCAAAGGACAAAGAAAGUGAACAAUCAGUUGGAGAAGCUAUAGGCAAGUUAUUUAAAAACAUUUCAAGUAUGAAUGCAUAUACUGAAAAUGGGCAAGAAGAGUCCUUGCUAAAAGAUGCCAUCAGUGCUAUUUAUCACACUUUUAAAAAAGAACCUGAGGAAGUUACCAAUGAAUCGUAUGUUAUGGUUAAUGUCAAGGUCAAGUUAUGGGACUUGCAGGCAAGUUUGCCUCAUAAUUUACCAAUGUCAGCAAACUCAACCCCAUACGUUUCUUUAUCUGAUUUACGGUCGUUGAUUGGAUUUGUAAAUCAAGAAAAAUCGCCAAUCACUUUAAAGACUACAAUCAUUGAAAAAACUUCUGAGUUGCAAGAUAUUGAACAUUUAGGUCAAACAAAGAUGUUUGAUAGUAUUAUUGCCGAUAUGUAUGAUGACUUAAUGUCUAUGGUUAAAGAUGAUGAAAAAAGAAUCAUUCUGACCAAAACCUGGGCCAGUGCCAUUGCUACUCAAUUAUUAAUUUUGGGAUUAGGUGCGCUUGCUUAG